ACCCACGGCGGCGGCGGAGGGUGGCGAGCUGCGGGGCUGGUGCCGUCGCCUCGCUUCGCCUCCCGCUCCGACUCGCUCUCGGCCGGGCCCUCCUGUUCUUCCCGCGAAGCCCACCCGAGGGGCUCGCCAUGUUCUCCAGGAAGGGCCACGCCGACGCCAGGAAAUCCACGCAGAAAGCUCUGGACCCCAAGCGGGACGUGCUGACCCGCCUCAAGCACCUCCGGGCGCUGCUGGAUAUUGUGGAUGGAAGUGACCUGAAGCAGUUUUUUGAGAGCAAUUAUUCUCAAAUUUUUUUUAUCUUCUAUGAAAACUUCAUAACACUGGAGAAUAGCCUGAAACAAAAAGGGAAUAAAUCACAGAGAGAGGAGCUGGACUCCAUUCUCUUUCUUUUUGAAAAAAUAUUGCAACUGCUACCUGAGAGGAUUUUUUAUCGAUGGCAUUUUCGCAGUAUAGGGUCGAUUUUGAAGAAACUUUUGCACACUGGAAACUCUCUUAAGAUAAGAUGUGAAGGAAUCCGUCUGUUUCUUCUCUGGCUUCAAGCACUUCAGACUAACUGUACAGAAGAGCAGAUAUUAAUAUUUGCAUGCCUUGUGCCUGGGUUUCCACCCGUUAUGUCCUCACGAGGUCCCUGUACACUAGAUAACGUCAUUAGUCCUCCUAAUUCACCAGAUGCUAAGAUUUUUCCAGAAGAAAUUACCCCACUUUUGCCAGCUGUCUCUGGAGAGAAAAUUGCGGAAGACCAAACCUGCUAUUUUCUUCAGUUACUAUUAAAAUAUAUGGUAAUUCAGGCUGCAAGCUUGGAGUGGAAGAAUAAGGAGAACCAAGACACUGGUUUCAAGUUUCUCUUUACCUUGUUCAGAAAAUACUACCUUCCACACUUGUUUCCGUCUUUUACAAAACAAACUAACCUCUACAAACCUGUUCUAGAUAUUCCUGAUACAAGACCAAGACCUGUAUAUGUUACUGCAACACGAAACAAUGAAAAUGUCUAUAGCACAAAAAUUCCAUAUAUGGCAGCUCGAGUUGUAUUUAUUAAGUGGCUCGUUACUUUCUUUCUUGAAAAGAAAUACUUAACUGCUGUUCAGCAUACAAAAAAUGGAGGAGAAAUGCUCCCUAAAAUUAUUCAGACUGUUGGUGUUGUAAACCAAGAUAAAAACCCUGAACUGGAAACCAGCGUGUCUUACGCAAGCGAGCAGGAGAGAAGCCAUUCCAAUAGCAGCACGUUGUCUGACCGACGGCUCAGUAAUUCAAGCCUCUGCAGCAUCGAAGAGCAGCAUCGGACUGUCUAUGAGAUGGUGCAGCGGAUCCUCUUGUCCACUCGAGGAUACGUUAACUUUGUUAAUGAGGUGUUCCGGCAGGCAUUUUUGUUGCCUUCCUCUGAUAUAUCUGCAACACGGAAAGUGGUUAAGGUGUAUCGAAAGUGGAUACUGCAGGAGAAGCCUGUGUUCAUGGAGGAGCCAGACAAAAAGGAAAACAGUGAGGAUGCUGUUAUCGGCUUAGAGGAUUCAUCAGCGCAAACGGAUGGUAAACAUCUUUCCUCUGACCAUUCAGGACAUAAGCGCUCAUCCAGCUGGGGAAGAACGUACUCCUUUACCAGUGCUGUUAACAGAGGAUGUGUAUUAGAAGAUGAGGACAAAAAUGUGAAAGCUGGUGCUCAAGCUGCAUUACAGGUGUUCUUGACAAACUCUGCAAAUGUUUUUUUAUUGGAACCAUGCAUUGAAGUCCCCGUGCUUCUGAAGGAGCAAGUUGAUGCCUGCAAGGCAGUUCUGAGUAUUUUUAGGCGCAUGAUAAUGGAACUAUCAAUGAAUAAAAAGACAUGGGAGCAGAUGUUACAGAUACUCCUCAGAAUAACAGAAGCAGUGAUGCAGAAGCCAAAAGAAAACCAAAUAAAGGAUACGUUUGCUCAGAGCAUGUCAGGAUUACUUUUCCGAACCCUCAUUGUGGCUUGGAUCAGAGCAAACCUGAGCGUCUACAUUUCUCGGGAGCUGUGGGAUGAGCUGCUUAGCGUUCUGUCUUCCCUGACUGACUGGGAGGAGCUCAUAAAUGAGUGGGCCAACAUCAUGGACUCUCUGACGGCAGUGCUAGCAAGAACUGUGUAUGGGGUGGAAAUGACUAACUUACCCUUGGAUAAACUCAGUGAACAGAAAGAAAAAAAGCAGAGAGGAAAGGGUGGUGUUUUAGAGCCCCAAAAGACAGCUGUAGUGGGAAGAUCUUUUUCAUUAAGCUGGAAAAGUCAUCCUGAAGUUGUGGAGCCCAUGAGAUUCAGAAGUGCCACCACCUCUGGAGCUCCUGGAGUUGAGAAAGCAAGAAAUAUUGUUCGUCAGAGAGCAACAGCUAAGCGAAGCCAGUCUAUCAGCAACUGUGUUCAUCUUUAUGAGGCUUUGCCAGCUACUAAAAGUGUACCUCUUCUGCUUCACACUGUGAGCUCUCUCUUACCUGGUAUCUCUUACACUUCUUGCUCUCACAGACUGUCAGAAGUUGAAGAAUCUCAGCAGUCGGAAACUUUGGCAGGAUCAGAAGCUACAGGCCUAUUUGUAGACCAAGAGCAGCAGCUCACUCGAAGCAGCAGCACUUCCGAUAUUGCAGAUCAAUUUCCAUCUGAUUUUUUUCAAGGCAAAAAGGCUGGGAGUUCUCAUAAUUUGACCACUUCAGACUCCAAAUCAAUUCAGGAAAAUAAAGAAUGUAUGAAGAAGGAGCAUGAAGCUGAGCACGUACUAGUACGAAGGAGCAGUAGUACAGCUGAAUUGGAUUUGAAAGCAGACUUGCAGCAAACACAUGGAAGCCAUAGGGAGAGAGAAAAAAGUGAAAGUGUUAGCAGUGACACAUCCAUUGGGUAUAAUAAUGAAGUAGAGAUUGCUCUCAUCCCCUGGCAAGCCUCUGAAGAAGAUCAGGAAGUUAAUGCGUCAACAGAUGUCUGUGUGGAUCCUGAUGCACCUCGCUGGCUUCAGCUUAGUCCUUCAGAUAAUGCAAAUUUAACAGACAGCAGUGAAUUCCUUGCUGAUGACUGCAGUAUAAUUGCUGGUGGAAGCCUCAUUGGUUGGCAUCCCGAUUCUGCUUCUGUGUUAUGGAGGAGGAUCUUGGGAAUUCUUGGAGAUGUGAACAAUAUACAAUCGCCUAAAAUUCAUGCAAAAGUUUUCGGGUAUCUCUAUGAGCUGUGGUAUAAACUUGCAAAGAUACGGGAUAACCUUGCUAUAAGCGUGGACAAUCAGUCUACUCCCUCUCCUCCUGUCUUAAUUCCUCCUCUCAGAAUAUUUGCAUCAUGGCUGUUCAAGGCAACCACUCUGCCAAAUGAAUAUAAGGAAGGCAAACUUCAGGCAUACAGGCUGAUCUGCGCUAUGAUGACGAGACGUCAAGAUGUUCUGCCGAAUUCUGAUUUCCUGGUUCAUUUUUAUUUUGUGAUGCACCUAGGCUUAACAAGUGAAGACCAGGAUAUCUUGAAUACUGUCAUAAAGCAUUGCCCACCUUGGUUUUUCUUCCUGGGCUUGCCUGGCUUUACAAUGCUCAUAGGAGACUUCAUCACAGCAGCAGCCAGAGUGCUGAGCACGGACCUGCUGGAGGCUCCCCGUUCAGAAGCCCAUACCAUCCUUGGGUCUCUUGUUUGCUUUCCAAAUAUCUAUCAAGAAAUCCCACUAUUGCAGCCCAUGUCAGAAGCUGGUGAGAUCAUUGCGGGAAGUGCCGAUGUAAAGUGCUCCCUCGUUAAUAUUUUACUGAAGAAUGCUACAGAGGAGCCAAGUGAAGCUGCAAGAUGCAUAGCCAUUUGUGGCCUUGGAAUUUGGAUAUGUGAAGAACUAACGCAGUGCACAAACCACCCUCAAGUGAAGGAAGCAAUCAAUGUCAUAGGUGUGACACUAAAGUUUUCUAAUAAACUGAUAGCUCAGAUAGCCUGUGAUGUUCUUCAGCUGCUUGUUUCUUACUGGCAAAAGCUUCAGGAGUAUGAAUCAUCCCUGUCCAGAAAAAUUACUGAAAUCCUUGUGGCCACUAUUGCUUUUCUUCUGCCAAGUGCUGAAUAUUCCUGUGUGGAGGCAGAUAAAAAGUUUAUAGUUUCCUUGCUGCUUUGCUUGUUGGAUUGGUGUAUGGCAUUACCUAUGAAAAUGCUGCUGGAGCCAGUGUCUGCUGGUGUCCUUGAAGAUCAGCACGCAUCCAAAGCUCCUUUACUGGACUAUAUUUACAGAGUUUUGCACUGCUGUGUGAACGGCUCCAGUACGUACACCCAGCAAAGCCAUUAUGUGCUGAGCCUUGCGGAUCUGUCGUCUGGUGACUAUGACCCGUUUUUGCCUCUGGGGAAUGUCACAAGCUGUGAGCCAGCCCAGUGCCACUCUGCCACCGAUCUGGGCAACCUGCUCACUGUUGCCGAAGAAAAAAGGAGAAGGAACUUAGAACUAAUACCUUUAACGGCACGGAUGGUUAUGACUCAUCUGGUGAACCAUUUGAGCCACUACCCACUCAGUGGAGGUCCUGCCAUCCUCCACAGUCUCCUUAGUGAGAACCAUGACAACUCAUAUGUGGAAUCCUCUGAGCUGUCAUCAGAAGUCUUCCGGAGCCCCAACCUUCAGCUCUUCGUGUUUAAUGACAGUACUCUUAUAUCAUACCUCCAAAUUCCUGCAGAAAAGAGGAAAGACACUGAGCCAGCAGUAGCCCCCUCGGAUGUAAGGGUAAUUGUCAGAGAUAUCUCAGGGAAGUACUCUUGGGAUGGCAGAAUAUUGUAUGGACCUUUGGAGGGCUGCCUUCCACGGCAGAGUGCAGCAAACUCAUUUGUGAUUUCAGGCAGCUCUGAGCACCACUUCAGUUCCCAAAAAGACAUUUCUCAGGUGGAAGAAGGAGAAGAUGCUCUUGACAAAUUACUGGAGAAGAUUGGUAACACUAGUCCUGAAUGCCUUUUACAUCCCCAACGGAAGCUGAAUGAGCCAUCACCACCACCCUUUGGUAUGAGCUACGACCAAGAGAAUGCAAUCACUGAAGCACUGAUGAGGCAAAGUACCCAGGAAAACGAGUAUAUUUUAAAAUGCAGCUCAGACUUUAGUAUGAAGGUGACCCCUCAGGAAGAACCACGUCCUGCUGAACCUCAAGCAUCCUUUUAUUUCUGUCGGCUCUUGCUAAAUGACUUGGGCAUGAACUCCUGGGAUAGAAGGAAAAGCUUUCACCUUCUUAAGAAAAAUUCAAAAUUACUGAGAGAACUGAAAAAUCUGGAUUCUCGACAAUGCCGUGAAACUCACAAGAUUGCAGUGUUUUACAUUGCAGAAGGACAGGAGGACAAAUGUUCAAUACUGUCCAAUGCCAGGGGAAGCCAGGCAUAUGAAGAUUUUGUUGCUGGACUGGGUUGGGAGGUUGAUCUCUCGACACACGGUGGGUUUAUGGGUGGCCUGCAGCGCAAUGGCAGCACUGGACAAACAGCACCCUAUUAUGCUACCUCUACUGUGGAAAUCAUUUUUCAUGUGUCUACAAGAAUGCCAUCAGAUUCAGAUGAUUCACUGACCAAAAAGCUUCGUCACUUGGGAAAUGAUGAGGUUCACAUCGUCUGGUCUGAACACAACAGGAACUACCGCAGGGGCAUUAUACCAACAGAUUUUGGAGAUGUUUUAAUUGUUAUUUAUCCGAUGAAGAAUCACAUGUUUUUCAUAGAGAUAAUGAAGAAACCAGAGGUGCCAUUCUUUGGUCCUCUCUUUGAUGGAGCCAUCGUGACUGCAAAGCUGCUGCCAAGCCUCAUAUGUGCCACGUGCAUCAAUGCCAGCAGAGCCGUCAAAUCGCUUAUCCCUCUUUACCAGAGCUUCUACGAGGAAAGAGCUCUGUAUCUUGAAGCAAUAAUCCAGAACCACAAAGAAGUAAUGACAUUUGAGGAUUUUGCCGCUCAGGUCUUUUCUCCCUCUCCCGGCUACUCCCUGGGUGGAACUGAUUAGAGUAUGUAACGGUCUCGUUACGGUAAUUGCCACAGGUAAGAGCGAUGCUUCCCGCAGGCCAUGCGUCGCGCUCCAUCACUAACGCUCUCCUCCUCCUCCUCCUCGUGCUCUGCCGUUGGGUUCAGGCUUUGUCUUUGCCUCUCGCUAAGGCUGCCCACCUCCUGCUGCCCACGGGGAGGGCCAUGCCUCUCACCUGGCUCCUCCUGCUUUGAGACCCCCCCGCUUGCUUGAGUUGUGAAUUUGGAAGGGCUCGAGCCCUCCGGUGACCCACCUGUGAGCCAGAAGGAAAUCCGUUUUAGUUAACAAACCACUGCAGAGCUGCCGCAUGCUUCUUACAACUUAUAAUUUCAUACUGCCUGUGCACCCUCUGGAGCAAACGCAGCCUCAGAAGGGCCAAAAAAAAAAGGUGAAUCCUCCAGAAAGGCCCUUGGCAGCACCUCGCCCUCCGAACAAACUUGCAGGCUUCCCCUGCGAGGAGGCGAAGCAAUUAGAGCUCGUGCCAGACGGCUUGCAAGUGGAAUUAUAAUAUUUGUAUGAAAGCCUUUAUCUUUUGUGGUUAACUCCCGCUCACUCUGCAGCUGCUGUCUCCCUAUCAAUCACGGCCGGAGGCCGCGCGCGCAGCUCAGCACUCGCUGGGGGAAGGCUGGGACUGCAGGAAUGCGCGGGGCUGUGGGCUGCGGGGCUGCGGGAUGGACGUGGGGCUGCGGGACGUGGGGAUGGGAGCGCCUGACCCACACCCUGCCCGCAGCCUUUCACUCGCAGCGAGGCAUUGUGGGGAGCGUGCAUGAAUAUUGCUCCAGCUCGUCCUUUUGGGGGAAACUGUAUUAUUUUGACCAUCUGCCACGCCGCUUGACUGCAGGAAUGUAAAGUGUGGCACCUCCCUCACACUCCCCCUCCCCGCGCUGUGAACAACACCACAGGUUUUCUUUUGAAUCCUGAACUGACAGCUCCACAUUUUUCACAGAAAAUGCCUUUGCUCAUUAAGUCAUGUUUUUCACCUUCUUUAUUUUUUUUUUUUAAUGCGGUAUUUCCCUUUCAGUCAGUUGUCUUGAAAUAUAAAUCUGGGAUGGAAAGGUUCCAUUUGAAAUGCCGACGCCAGGUUGUAAACCAGCUAUGGGAUUUCAAAGGAGCAGAGUGGGCUUUGGACCUCAGCAUUACAGGAUUUAGUGCCUAUUCACCAAAAUACCCACAGUUAGGUAUAGCAGGGCCGUAAGAUUUAAUCCUUGUAGUAAGGAAGCAAAAUGAGGCUCAGCCUGUGCUGGACCAACACUGUUGAGUUUCCAAGCCCUGAGUAGUCUCAAGAUUCAUGCAGGUUGUCCUGUUGUACUGGUGCACCUCCAACGCAGCCAGAAAGCCCGGCUGGGAGCGGGCAGCCAGAAGGCACAGCCCACUGCUGAGCUGGCAGUAGGUUUGUGCUGCAGCACACGGCCAUCAGAGCGCAGAGGUGCUCAGCCACAGCCAUUAGGUUGGGCUCAGAGCACUGCUCCAGGCUUGCAAGCACCGGGGCACAGCACUGUACCUCCACCUCCAGGAAAAAAACAGACAGGGACUUAGUUACAAGAAGAUUUAAAAACACUGCAGCCCAGGGGAGCUAAUGAAAUAACACUGACACCGAGAAACGCCUUGGGAUGGGUGGAAACCCCAGCAGCAAGAGCAGCGCUGUGUUGCAGCAUGCGUCGGUAUUCCCCGUGCGCGUCUGCACCAGAGCCAGGCAGGAGCUGCACACACUCCAGCUUUAUGCACUACCCCAUAGCAUAAUAGCUGUCCCCUCAGCCGUUCUUGUUCAGAUGAGCCAUUAGCCCCGACCUGCAGCCAUAGACCACCUCUGGGGAGGUGCUGAACAAGGAAGCCUGUGGACACGGUUCUUGAUGGGCAUCCGUUGUCCACUCGCAGUAGUUAGAAAGGCCCGAGGUUCUGUAUCUGCAGAGUGGCUGUUGGGAUGCUGACACGCACAUCUUGUCCCUGUCCUCAGGCCGCCUUCCCCUGCCCGCUGUCUUUUCCAGGCUGCCUCACCGCCAGCACCAGCGCCGACUUCGCCGUCCCCGCAGGAACAGAGCCAGCAGAGCUGACCUCAGCGCCGCGCAGCGCCGGGAGCAGAGCCUGCGGGAGGCUCCGCCGCUCCGCCAGCGCGCUCAGCAAGGCUCCCAGCUGACACCCAGCGCCCUCCCGGGCACCCCUCGCCACGCACCAGGCUCUGCUCCUCACCUAAAGGACCCCCCACUUGGGAUGGGCGCUUGUUGGAGGGGAUGGGCAGCAAGCACUUCUCCCCCCAACUCAUCGCAGGAGGGCACGAAGCAGCGCUGACGCCCGUUGCCUCACGUCGUCUCAGAGCACAGACUUCAGUCGUACCGUCCAACGAAUUGUGAAGCAGGGAGUUGUGACGAAGCGGAACUGAGUUUGGUAAUGAUCAGACACGUGCUGGAUGUCCUCCUCUGAAGCAUGGGCGAAUGAUCGGGUGCUUCUCAGCAUCUGUUUCACCUCUGCUCCCGUCCCGUUUUCAGCAGCCACCCGAGGCAGUUGUGCACGGAGCAAAGAAUUAGUGAUAAUCAGAGAGGCCCAUUUAUCUGAAAUUCAGGAGGCUGCUGCCAACUUCAUAGAAUGGCAGCACCUGCACUGAAAUCGCUCCAUUUAAUCGUGCUGUCUUGUUCAGGGUCAUCCAUCACCACCUAUUGUGGAGCAUCCGUCCCCACGCCGAGGAUGCUGUGGCAGUGCACAAGCUGGGCUGCUCUCCAUGCUGCUGCACCAGCGCAGGGUGAGUCGUCCCCUGGCUCCACAUGUGGUUUGGAAAGGAGUCCUUCCUCAUCCCUGCCCCCAGGACUGCUUCAUCCUUCGCAGCAAUGCUUGCGGUGGCUGCGCAAUGUGAACUGCUGCCUGCACAUGGAGAAACACCCAGCCACGUUUCUUUUGGAAGAGCAAAUGCUGCACAUCUGCCUGACCGCUUCUCACCAGGGUGUGACUGACUGCGGGGCAGUGCGCUCCCCACGUCACCACUUUGCCUUUUCACAACACUGGGGCAAUAAUCUGCAAGGGGGAGCAUCUCUGAUGAGUUAGAGUACAACGCAUCUGAAGGCUCCCAAGGAAAUGUAGCAUCCCGUUGGCACUUUGUGUAGUAAGCACAUCUUUUGGAUGGGAAAUGUAUUUCACUCUGCACGUAUCACAGGUUUCUGGGGUGAAAACUCGUAGCUCCUGCUCUAGCUUUGGGUUUUGGGUGUUUUGGACACUGGUGUCUCUGCCCGGUUCCUGGAUGUUGCAUCAGAUACCUCCGGCCUUCCUCGUCCUCCUCAGGUCUCACUCCUGUUGCUAUUUUGUUCAAUUCUUGUUCAAUUUUUGUGUUCUCGGGGUGUUCUUUUUUAAUGCCACUUAGCCUUUAAGCGCACACCUCUGAACUUACCGUGAUGUAUCGAAGUGAUGGGGACUGAAGCAAAACGCCCCACUGUGCCGCCUGGUUUUGCACUUCUUACACGUUAACACGAAGGUCUGCUGUCGUGCCACCGCCCCGUGCUGCUGCCGUGUAGAUAGAUGCAGAAUAGCACUCCGGGCACUGAUGGUAGUUCCCCUUCUGUUUGGCUCCAUGCAGCAGUCGGGUGAUGAGGCGGUGGCACACAGCGCUGGCGUUGGGGUGAGCGCAGCGAUGCUGCAGGCACAGAGCUCCGCGUGCUGAGCGCUUGGAGCACCGCUCCGCCUGCAUUCUCACCCUUUUCUUUUGUUCUCAACUGGUCGGGGGUGGGGGUGGGGGGGGUAAAGUUGGAAAAUAAAAUGUGUGUUUUAAUUUAUUUCGUUUUUCGCAGCAGAAUACACGAGGCUGUCUUGUUCUUUAGUUAUCCAAUGGUCUGAAGUCAUUUCAGAGGCGUGCUGAGUAAAAUGAGCCGUUUCUCCUUGGAGCAAUACUCAUCCCUCCUUCGGGGAAGAAUUAAUAAUGUUUUCCUGAUGUCAAAACAGCACUGACUUGUGAAAAUUCAGCGGUGGUUGCAUACCGUGCAGUCAGACACAGAGCUGCUCCGUUCCCCCCGGCACCCUGAGCAGAGUGAAGCCACGCCGCGAUGCUGCGCCGUGGUGCCGGAGCUGCCAUCCCAGCCCGGGCAAUGCCGGGAGCUGGGGGAGGACGGGGAGGGCUCUGCUGGGCUGAGUCCUGCGGAGCUGCUACUGAAUGUUACUUCUGUACGGCCUAGGGACAGCUAACCCAGAGGAUUCUCACCUCUUCUAGUGAAUAAACAUCCAUCACAGAAA